AUGGCUGGCACUCCGCGCGGCCUGCUUCUAGCCAUCGUCCUCCUCGUCGCCGGCACCAUCGUGCCGGCGUCCGCAAAGGACUACACGGUCGGCGACACGUCCGGUAGCACGUUCAUUCGUCUGCGCCUCCGCGGGUAUCUCAUGAACGGAAAAUCCAGUGACCGCGGCUUGCCGGUUUUUGCAAUUUGCAUUGCAGCGUUCCAGUACAGCUCGGCGCACUCGGUGCUGGAGGUGAGCGAGGCGGACCACAGCGCGUGCUCGGCGAGCAACCCGCUGCGGUCGCACCGGGACCAGAGCACCACCGUCCCGCUCACCAAGCCGGGCACCCGCUACUUCAUCUGCGGCGCUCCCGGCCACUGCGCCUCGGGGAUGAAGCUCACCAUCACCGUCUCCGGCGGCGGCAGCGACAGUGGCAGCAGCGCCGGCCCCGCCAUGCGGGCGAUGAACACGACGCCGGCGGCUGGUGGCGCGACGACGACGACCUGCCACAGAGAGCAGCAGGCGGCCAACAGCGAGUCAUAA